CCAACAUCUGCUCCAUCUACGUCCUCCAAGAAGCCUCACUUGCACCGUUUUGCGAAGAUGGAUGCGAGCAGUUCGACUUUGAAGGCUCGUGACGCCAUCCGAGAACAGUUUGCCAACAUGUCUGCAUCUCAAUCCGAGACUCCGAGCACUUCUCCUUCAACCAACGGUGUUAAUCAGGAGCCUCACAUGCGCUGGCCGCCCCCAACAUUGUUCCCCGGGCAGAGCUUCAACAUACCGUUCCAGCAGCAGGCAUCUAACCCGUUACUCGCAUUUUCACGCCUUCAGGAGAAAUAUAAACAGCAUUUCCAAACGCACUACGGCCAUCAAGCCACUCCUCUCAAUCCAGGCGGCUUGUCACCACCAUCCUCAUCAUCAAAGUCCCCGGAACUCAACCAAUACCCCUCCUUUUCUGCCAGACUUGAUCAGGAACAGCGUGUAUCUGCAAGUAUACAUAUCCUCCGCCACGUCCAAAACACCCUUCAGCAGCGCCACCACGAGACACAGCUGCACCUCGCCCGCACCGAGCAACUCAUAGAGCAGACGGCAUGGGAUCUCUUCUUCCAAAGCCCCCUGGACUUUAUGUGCCACAAGAUGGAUAUCCUCAUCGGCCCUGCCGCAAUCGGCGCUCUCACUGGAGGGGUGAUCGCCCCAAAGGCUCAAUCUGUUCGCGAGAGCGAGGCUUGGAUGAGAAAGUUGGAUGUCUUGAGAGACUUGCAGGAUGACGAAUGCGCCGCGAAGAAGAGGAUGGAGAAGACUAUGAGACAGAUGAAACGUACAGACGAGAUGAUGAUUGUGGGCUCAUUGAAGCUACAGCAGCUGUCAUCGCAGAGAAGCACCCCUUUCGGGGGCCCAUACAGCAUGGGGUUUCAUAAUCCCUUUUCUGGAGCUCAGACAAUGGCAUUUUCAUCAGGCGUAACGGGCAUCAACAUGGCUGGAAACUCGAAAAGCACAGCAUCUGCGGCGCCAAGCACUUUUUCGAAUUGGCCAAAGUUUGGUGCUCCGCAAGAUGUCAAUCAUGAUGAAGCCAGUAGCAUCAAUGUCACCGACAGCAGCAGCACUGGUAGUAGCAGUCACUUUGAAGCGUAUUGCGGCGGCCAUGAAUGCUGUGGACACCGCGGUCAGUGAUUGAUGGAGAUUUUGGGACUCUGGCUGAGCUUUUAGAACAAUUUAUUUUGCUGUUACUGGGAGUUUAAGGGGGUUUGGUGCAGCUCGGGUAAGGGGAAGCAUGUAAACAAAUCGAGGCUUAGGGUAGGGGAUCUGGCUAUAUUCGCCAUUAUUUUAACCGCUCCCGG